AAUUUUAAAGUUUUUAUUUUUAGAUUAUAUUAAAAUGGGUGAAAUACAGUAUCCAAAAGUUCGUAGGGAUGAAGAAUCAUUUGACGAUUUCCAUGGUGUUAAAAUACCAAAUCCUUAUCAUUGGUUGGAAGAUCCUGACUCAGAGGAAACAAAAGCAUUUGUUACUGCUCAAAAUAAAAUCACAGAUCCUUUCCUUAAGGACAAUCCUGUGAGGGAGAAGUUUAAAGAAAGAAUGACUGCACUUUAUGAUUAUCCCAAGUUUGGGUGUCCAUUCAAAAGAGGCAAGAGAUAUUUUUAUUGGUAUAACUCAGGAUUACAAAAUCAAGGUGUUUUGUAUGUGCAACAAUCGUUAGAUGGUGAAGCUGAAAUAUUUCUUGAUCCAAACUCAUUCUGUAAAGAUGGCUUGAAAUCAGUUAACAGCACAAGUUUUUCUGAGGAUGGUGAAACUCUCGCAUACAGCGUCAGUCAUAAAGGUUCUGACUGGGUGACGAUUAAAUUUAUGAAAGUGGAAAGUAAAGAACAUUUAGAUGAUGUUUUGGAGAAUGUCAAAUUUUCGUGCAUAUCAUGGACACAUGAUCACAAAGGAAUAUUUUACAAUAAAUAUCCCAAAGAUGAAACAAAACAAGAUGGAACAGAGACAGCUUCAAACAUUCACCAAAAGCUUUAUUAUCACGUGCUUGGAACUGACCAAUCAGAAGACAUUCUUGUAGCAGAGACACCUGACCAUCCUAAAUGGAUGAUACACGCAGAAUUAAGUGAUGAUGGCAAAGUUGUUAUUUUCACCGUUAGUGAAGGAUGUGAUCCUGUCAAUAGAUUAUAUUAUUACGAUCUAUCAAAAAAUAAUUAUGAAAUUAAAGGAUUGUUACCUUACGUAAAAGUUGUUGAUAAUUUUGAUGCUGAAUACGAGUACAUCACGAACACGGGUUCGAUAUUUACUUUCAAAACAAACUUGAAUGCACCAAGAUACAAACUGAUCAACAUAGACUUCGAUAACUAUCAAAUGGACAAUUGGAUGACGUUAGUUGAAGAGCAUGAGAAAGAUGUGUUGGAGUGGACAGCAUGUGUGAAAGAAAAUGUGUUAGUCAUGUGUUAUCUACAUGAUGUUAAGAAUAAAUUGUACCUGCAUCGGCUUGAAGAUGGUAAAAGAUUUAAAGAAUUAGACGUGGAUGUUGGUACUAUUCGUGGAUACUCAGGAAGGAAAGAACAAACAGAAAUGUUUUACUCAUUUACGUCAUUUCUAACCCCGGGUAUUAUAUACCGAUGUGAUUUAUCGCAAGAAGUUAUUGAACCAAGUGUUUUUCGCGAGAUAGCCGUGGCUGGUUUCAAUCACACGUUGUUUGAGACAAGUCAAGUGUUCUACAAAAGUAAAGAUGGAACGACCGUACCUAUGUUUAUUGUGCAUAGAAAAGGCAUCACGAUGGAUGGCUCUUACCCGUGUUUGUUGUACGGUUACGGUGGUUUUAAUAUUUCUAUCACUCCUGGAUUUAGUGUGUCUCGAGUUAUAUUCAUGCAGCACCUUGGAGGAGUACUUGCAAUAGCGAAUAUCAGAGGAGGAGGUGAGUAUGGUGAACAAUGGCACAAAGAUGGUAGUUUCUCAAAAAAACAAAAUGUAUUCGACGAUUUCAUCGCUGCAGGGGAAUAUCUCAUCGAACAAAAAUACACAACUACCGAAAGGUUAACCAUUAUGGGAGGCUCAAAUGGAGGUCUGUUAGUGACAGCGUGCAUGAAUCAAAGACCAGAUCUUUUUAAAUGUAUCAUCGGGCAAGUGAGUGUUACAGACAUGUUGAAGUUUCAUAAGUACACUAUUGGUCAUGCGUGGACAACAGAUUUCGGUUGUGCAGACAAGAAGGAGGAUUUUGAAUAUUUGGUGAAGUAUUCACCCCUCCAUAACGUGAAAAGGAACGACAAACAUCAAUAUCCCGCUGUUUUGUUGUUAACCGCUGAUCAUGACGACAGGGUGGUUCCCUUGCACUCGCUCAAACUUAUCGCGGAGUUGCAGCACGUUCUCGGAGCAUGUGAAAACCAGAAACAUCCUUUAUUGAUCAAGAUAGACACUGAAAGUGGUCAUGGUGGAGGGAAGCCCACAUCAAAAAUUAUCGAGGAAACAGCAAAUACAUAUGCUUUUAUCGCGAAAAUCGUCGGUAUUGCAUGGUUGGACACAGAAGCUUCAUAACUACGAAAAAGCAAGCUUCUGCACUUAUAAAACUGUAUUAUCUGUGAUCGCUAUAAUGUAUCACUAUAUGAGGAUGUUUAUCUAACAAAUCGCAAGCAUCAAAAAUGUGCGGUGUAUAUCCUUAUAAAACCGACUUAAAUAAACGAGAAUUUUUGUCUCACUUAACCCUCAUAUUUAAGAAGGGUUUGUUUACACCGGGGGUUUUAAUGAUUGCGAAUUGUUACAUGAACUAUAUGAUAUUGUAUUAUAUCAGAUGUUGUGACAAAAACAUCCCUUGGUUAUUAUUACCAUUGAAAAUUUUGUCGAAACAAUUUAAUUUCUGCCCUUUUUUUAAUUUCUCUAAAACAUGUUCUACUCUUCCUAAUAGCUCUACAUUCGAUUAGUGUUGUCAUGAAAGCAACCAAUCAGCUUGCGCUGUUUAAGGAGUCUCUGAAAUCCUCUAACCUUCAGCAUUUUCCUCUUUUUCCUUAUAAAUUCAAAAAACAUGGUAAUUUUAUCAAAGGAUGUUUGCCAUUGAUUUUAUGUGAUUGACGUGGAAAUAAUUUUGAUUUUCACUUAUUUAUAAGUAAUAUUUAUUAUUUCACGUUUUUGUUUUCUGUAUGUUUUUAUCGUCUUAUUAACAAAAUUAUAGUCAUUUAAAGAGAACAUUCUAAACA